AUGAAGUUAGCAAAGCCGUCGUUCAACCCCGGGCGGACAAAAAAUAUCAUCCAUGGCGUGCAGGCGCUCGCCAUCUUCCUGGCAUGGGCCUUGACCAUCGCGGUGUUCACAAAGGGCGGGGGUAUUGAUGGACGGUCAGCCUGGUACUUUGCCUUGUGCUGGUUCAGUAUUCCCGGUUUGAUCUACCUCGUCGCCGUGCCGAUGUGGCCUCGCGCACGCCGGUUCGGAAACGUCUACGCCUUUGCUACUGUCGACUGUCUCUACGCUCUGUUGUGGUUUACCGCUUGGAUUUGCAUCGCGAGCUAUGUCGCUCAAGGCAAAGCGGAGGGGAAGGACUCGCCUGACGAUAAGAAGGACAAGGAGAAGACCACGAGAGCGGAGAAUAAAGAUCCCAAGGAAAGCAAUAAGAGUGGUUGCGAUAACUGGAAAUAUGGAAGUGCGAGCAAAUGCAACAUUAGCACGGCUACUUGCAUUCUUGGAGUUGCUAUCUUCCUGCUCUUCGCCCUUACCGCGUGGAUGUCCUUCCGAAACGUCAUGCACUUCCGCCGAACGGGUACGCUUCCCGAUGCCGUCUCGGAUCCUACCUUUGCCGCCCAGAGCAAGGCCGCGUUCUCCUCCAACCCCGCCCACGACUUCGAGGAAGAGGAUGACUUCCGCUCCGGCCGACAGGGAAUGGGCUCGUCCAUGGCCGGCGAUCGCGACGAAGACUACGCCCUGUUGCAACAGAGCGAGGCGGACGACCUGGCCAGCUCGCACGGGCGCACUGCCAUGCACGGCUCCUACGAUCCCACCGCCUCCAGCGGCGGUAGCGUCCUCCACGACUUCAACGCCACCGGCUACGGCGGCGCCCACGGGCAACACUACGCGCCGCCGGCGGACAUCUACACCCCCAGUGACUACGGGCCACCGACCGACUACGGAUCGAGUGUGCGCGGUGGCUACGGGCGGUAA